AUGCCGGGCAUAGGCGUAGCGAAUGCCGCGUCUGUUGCGAGCGCUUGCAAGACGAGUUACCCUAACAUCAGACUGGGACUCGUCGUUGGAAUCUAUGGCAUCGUCCCCGGUGAUGGUAGCGAUAAGAGAGUGCUAGGCGAUAUCGUCAUUAGUGACGGCGUGGUGCAGUACGACUUCGGACGGCAUAUAGAUGGGCAUUUUAUGCGGAAGAAUACUCUGCUGGAAAGCUUAGGAAGACCCCCAUCCGAAAUUCGAUCCAUACUCGCGAAAUUCCGUGGCAUUCGGGGUCGAUCUCAGCUUGCGAAACGCACAUCCAGCUACCUAAGCGACAUUCGAGCAACACCACAGCUAGGCGCCACUUACCCGGGCAAGGCACUUGACAGGCUAUUUGAGCCCGAUUUUGAGCACAUGGAUGAACAUAAGAUAUGUGAUGACCUUGGCUGCUCUGAUACUCCCGUGCCACGCAAGCGGCUCCUGCCAGAACUUAACGAGCCGGCCCCUAGCAUUCACUUUGGAUUGAUCGCAUCUAGGAGCACCGUGAUGAAGUCGGGAAGGGACCGGGAUAGGAUCGCAAAGAAAGAAAACGUGGUCGCAUUCGAGAUAGAGGGUGCGGGCGCAUGGGAUAGCUUCCCGUGCGUGGUGAUUAAAGGGGCAUGCGACUAUGCCGACAGUCAUAAGAACAAGGUGUGGCAGCGGUAUGCUGCGGCAGCCGCGGCGGCGUGCAUGAAGGGCUUUCUCCAGGAGUGGGUGCCGGGUGCAAGAUCACGAGCUAACGCACGGCUAUUAGUUGUUGUUCCGUACCCAAAGAACGAAAAUUUUCUCGGCUUCGGUACGCAUGCGGAUAAGCUAGGGUCGAGAGUGGCUCUCUAUGGCUUGGGAGGUAUUAGAAAAACACAGAUUGCACUAUCCUACGUGCACUGGCUCCAGGAAACAUGUCCUAGGACAUCCGUGUUCUGGGCCCAUGCAAGCAGUCCAGAGCGAUUUUUACAGAGUUAUACGUCUAUUGCCCAAGAAUAUAAGAUUCCCGGGUACGACGAUCCCCAAGCGGAGACACUAUCCUUGGUGAAAUCCUGGCUUGAGCAGACGGAUCGGGGUCGUUGGCUUAUGGUGAUCGAUAAUGCGGACGAUACCGAGCUCUUUACCCCAUCACAAAAGGACGAACUCGUACACAUGUCAGGUCCCGCUAUUGCCAGAGGGAUACUGGGUCGCUUCGUGCCAUCGUGCCGGCAUGGCUCGAUCCUAAUUACGAGCCGGAAUAAGCAGACGGCCGUCCGGCUAGCGCCUGCGAAGCACCGGAUCGAGGUAGCGAAAAUGACGGAUGCAGAGGCUAUGCAGCUCAUCCGCUCCACUAUCGAGGAUGAUAAUAUAACAAUAGGGACCACGGAGCGACUCGCAUCCCGACUCGAACACUUACCUCUUACACUCGUGCAAGCAACGGCCUUUAUACAGGAGAACGGCACAUCUAUCGAGGAUUACUUACAAUUACUAGAUGAAAGCAGCGAAGUCCUGGUCAACCGUUUGAGCGAGCCAUUUGAAGGCUUCGGAAGAGAUUCCGAGACGUCACAUGCAGUAACAGCGACUUGGAUCAUCUCAUUUGAGCAAAUCGAAAAGCAGCAUCCGUUGGCAAGCUCUGUGCUUUCAAUGAUCAGCCUUUUGGAUCGUCAGAGUAUACCCAAAAGUUUCGUGAAGGAUUACCAGGCAUCUACGCAGCUAGAUAACCAACAAGGCCAGAGUGGCUUGGAGGCUGUGACGAAGGCACUGGGUACUCUCAUUGCAUUCUCCUUUGUCUCAAAUAGAAAGAAUGACACCGUGGAUAUGCAUCGUCUAGUCCAGCUCGUCACUCGCAAGUGGCUCGCUACUAAGGGAGCAACGGACAACUUUGCGGUAGUAGCUUUAAAGGUGGUGUUGAAUGCCUUUCCAUGGGGAAGAUUUGAAACCCGAGAUAUCUGCUUGCAGUACUUACCACAUGCUCAUGCUGUAUUAGUAGCGUAUGGAAAGGAGGUGGAGGCCGCGAAUCUUCACCGAGCAUCGCUUCUCCAUAAUAUAAGCGGUCUUUUCAUACAUCAAGGUAGCUGGGGAAAUGCCGAAGCCUACUUGAGCCAAGCCGUAAGAAUACUGGCCCAAGCGCAAGGCGAAGAGCACCCGGAUACACUGAAAAGCAUGGGCAACCUGGCGGCGACAUACAGGAACCAGGGCCGGUGGGAGGAGGCAGAGGCGCUUGAGGUGCAGGUGAUGGAGACUCGCAAGACGAAGCUUGGGGCGGACCAUCCCGACACGCU